AUUUAGGAUUAACACCCAAUAUCGCGAAAUAUUCAAUAUUUGAUUGAUGUAAAGAAAGGAGAUUACAAGGUGGGAAUCGUACCUCACCGGUGAAAGUUUAAGAAGCCAACCAGAGAAUAGGGUUAUAAGAUUUCAAGCUGAAAGAGUAAUGUUUAAAUGAUGACAUUCUUCUUCUUCUCCAACUUCACGAUAUCAUCCUUUCUAGUUUGAUCUCUCGAAUUGGAUUGGUUAUAAGUCUACCAUACAUACUAUAGAGAAAAGAAUACAUGUUCAUCUGGACAUUGAGAAGGAAAUGUAUUAUGUUUAAGUAUACAAAAAUUUAGCAGGUUGAUAUGCUCGGUUAUCAGGGAAAAAGAAGGUUAAAGGUAGAUGCGAACAUGACAGUGAAAAAAUUAGAAAAAAAAACACUAUAAUAUGCAUGCUACUAUGCUAGGAGAAAUAUAUACUAUUGUGUCACAAUUUAUGAUCUAAAGGACAAAAAAAAGUUGAAAUAUUGUAAAGAAAAAGAAAAUACAAGGCGAGGUAAUAGAAAAAGAAGCUGAACAACCCAUUUAUUGUUCUCUGAAGAAGUACUUUGACCCGCCCUGCCUUAUCCUACCGCGUUAAGAGUUUGCCCUGCCCCGCCCUAAUUGCCUGUUGAAAAGUCUCUAUUUUGAAAAUUUAGAGAGUGAGUUAGCUAAAAUGGAACAAUCCCUCAUUCAACUGUAAAUGCAUCAGAUAGCUAUCAUUGCUAGGCAGAACUUGAAAAGGGAUUUGAAGUUGAAGUUGUCUUCUUGAUUUUAAUUUGUGGAGUUGAUCACAUGGUAGUUUCUCUGGCAAUGACGCCGCAAAUUCUAGUCUAUUUUCUGGUUGUUCUGAUCCAUGUUCUGUCAAUAGCAGCAUGGACUAAUCCUGUUGAUGCUGAUGCUUUAAAGUCUCUCACAAAUUAUUGGUAUGGUCCUUCCGAUUGGAAUGGAGCAGAUCCCUGUGGGAGUAGUUGGAUGCAGAAAUUCACGAGUGAUUUCUAUAACAUUGUCAAGUAUACGUUUGAUCUGGAGACAUCCAAGGAUUAUCUGAACUGGAGACUUUGGAUCUAUCACAUUACCACUCAAGUCAAAGGAACAAUGGUGAGUAAAGAUUCUAUAAACGCCUGCCUGAACUUGUUUCAUUUUAGCUUUGGAGUGGUGCUGCUUGAGAUAGUCACAGGAGAAGUUCCUAUUGAUAAAGGAAGAUACAUUGUCAAGGAAGUGAAGGAUGCAAUGGACAUGACAAAAGAUUUGUAUAACCUUCAUGAAAUUUUGGAUCCUGCAGAGUCUACCCAAAGGUUCAAGCCAGAUCAUACGAAGUGGGGCGAUACAUUUUUGUAUUUCUAUGAGAAGAAGUUGUCGCAUAUUGCGCAUAAACUCUAUCCAAAAGAUGAAAAUUUCUUUUUUUAAAUUUAAAUAGAGAUAGUCCUAGAUCAAAAUUUUAGGAAGGAAAGUAGCAUUAAUGAAACAGGGGAUCACACCUUCAGCGAAGAAAUAAGUUGACCAGCUGAAAGUUUUUGAAAUCCCUACAAUAUUUUGUAUGCAAAAAGAAUCCAAAAAGUCUGAUGGCUUUAAAGGAUAGGGGUUCAAUUGUUCCCUAACGCGUGGUUGCCAUAACCUGAUAUUUAAUUUAACAUGUUAUAACAGAUUACUUACUACUU